CCGUAUAUCUGGGUCGGAAUCGGUCGAUUCUGGUGCACCGGAAAUUCUCGAGAUCGAGGGCGGAGACGAGUGGUAGCCACAUCGAUCUAAGCUGGAGAGGGUAGAGAUGGAGCGCAAGACGGCAACCAACACUCUCAGGAGAGGAACGGCGGCCGCACCGUAUGUCAUGCAGCUGGGUCUGAUUUUCUCGGUGCUGGCGUUGUUCACCAGUCCUGUCUCGGCGUCUUGCGCGAACGUCAACACGGGCGCCGACAACAAACCAAAUUUCAGCACGUUCCAGUCGCUGGGCAACUGUCAAAAUCAUUGCGAGGAUGAUUUUGCUUUCGGUAUUUUGCAGGGCAAAAAGUGCUGGUGCUCGAACAUUGCUCCCCACAAGGCGACAGAAACCGAUGACAAAGAGUGCGCGGUUUCAUGCCCCGGGUUCCCGGAUGACGACUGCGGAGAUGCGUCCAAGGGGCUCUUUGCCUACAUCGAAUUAUCAAACCAUGCGCCCUCGGGCACCGCCACGGCCCCGUCGUCGGCCACGUCAACCGAAUCGUCGUCCUCGUCCGAGACAACAUCCGACACGAAAACCACCGCUGGUACGUCAGUGGAAACCAUUUCCGGAGAGCCGACAACCAUCACCGUCGGGCCUACCGGGACGUCGGGCGCCGAUGCCAAUGGGGUGUCCGAAAAGAAAGAGAGCGGGUCCGGCCUCAGUGGUGGCGCGAUCGCGGGAGUGGUCAUCGGUGCGAUCGGUGGACUAGCUGUCAUCGGUGCCCUCAUCAUCAUGCUCUGCUGGAGACGCCGUCAACGUUCCGCCAGCCCCGACCCGAGCGUACAGAAUGUCCUGCUCGACGGACGCAACAGCAAGGGCUCGCAGAUGAGCAUGAUGAAGGGCAUGUUCUCGGACGGACACAGCCAUACCCUGUCAGGCGCUUCGUCGACCAACCCCCAGCGGACGUUCACCGACAACCGCAUGAAGACGGACACGGUGAUCUGGCCCGCUGGCCGCCGAAAUAGCAGCGUCUCCCUCCAGGAUAACGAGGACUACACUCGACCAGUGUUACGGCUCACAAAUCCUGAUUAACUGCCAAACACAAUUUUAUCGUUUAUUUAUCUCUUUUCGUGCCUUGCAGCUCUCCUAUGUCGUCUCGAUUUUACGCAUUCCAGCGAUAACAGCGGUGUUAU